GCUCCCCAGCCCCCUCCCCCUCGGAUGUGGCUCGAGCUUGAGGCGCGCAGGGCCGGAGACGCCGAAGACCCGCGACCCGGAGCAGCUCGGAGGCGGUGAAUAAUAGCUCUUCAAGUCUGCAAUAAAAAUGGCAUCCAAUAAAACUACAUUGCAAAAAAUGGGAAAGAAACAGAAUGGAAAGAGUAAAAAAGUUGAAGAGGCAGAGCCUGAAGAAUUUGUGGUGGAAAAAGUAUUGGACCGACGUGUAGUGAAUGGAAAGGUGGAAUAUUUCCUGAAGUGGAAAGGAUUUACAGAUGCUGACAACACUUGGGAACCUGAAGAAAAUUUAGAUUGUCCAGAGUUGAUUGAAGCAUUUCUUAAUUCUCAAAAGGCUGGGAAAGAAAAGGAUGGUACAAAAAGAAAGUCUUUAUCUGACAGUGAAUCUGAUGAUAGCAAAUCAAAGAAGAAAAGAGAUGCUGCUGACAAACCAAGAGGUUUUGCCAGAGGUCUUGAUCCUGAACGAAUAAUUGGUGCCACAGACAGCAGCGGAGAAUUAAUGUUUCUUAUGAAAUGGAAAGAUUCAGAUGAAGCAGACUUGGUGCUGGCAAAAGAGGCAAACAUGAAGUGUCCUCAAAUUGUAAUUGCUUUUUAUGAAGAGAGACUAACUUGGCAUUCGUGUCCAGAAGAUGAAGCUCAAUAAUUGUAUGCAUUGCUUUUUAUAUAUAUUUAUAUAUAUAUAUAAAAUCUGGGUCUUGGUUUUUUGAUUUAUUAGUAUGAAGAAAUAACUACAUUCUAAUGAAAAUCAAGUUUGAUAUGUUCAUUUUGAAGUAGUAUUGGGAGAGUUGUUCGGAGUUUUUUGUUUUUGUUUUUUUUUUUGCAUCUAUAGCACUGGUUCCUUUGAACAAAUAAGAGCUUUCUGUAGUUGCUUCCUUUAUCAAAAAAGAACAUUUGCUACCAUGGUAUGUUAUUUCCCCUGCAUUAGAGAAAAGCUUUUCUUAAUAUCGGGGGAAAUCGCCAUAGUCAUUACUCAGUCCGAAUUUGUGUAACUCAAAUGCCUAAGGACCAUGCUGGGGGUUUUUGUUCAUUUGUUUUUGUGUGUGUUUGUAUAUACAUAAAAUACAUAUAUAAACAACAGUUUUCUCUUUUUUUUUCCCCUGUAACUUUCACCAAACAAACAGCAUUUUGUGACCAUGGAUAAGCCCACUUUUUGUGAUGCCAUCAAUUUUGAGCAACCUAAGGACGAAAUCACUUUCAGUUCAAUUGAAAAUUUUCCUGAAGAUUUGCCUUCCAAAUAAAUAGAUUAUUUUAUAAUUGAACAACUUAAAUAUAAGUAAUUUAAAUUGGACAAUUUAAUAGUAGCCAUAUCAGACACUGUCUUUUAUAUAUGCAAUUGUAGAAUUGCAUUUUAUUUGCAGAACCUCUACCAACAACUUUCCCACCCAAAAUGAGAAAGUUAGAUAAAUCCUGAUGUGUUAUAAUUAGGCAAGUAAGGCUUAGUUAACUGGACAUUUAAAGGUUUCUUUUAGUGAACCAUUCCUUUACAAGAAGUUGAAAUCCCUGUGGUAUAUUGACUGAAAAAGGCCAUGAUUUGUGGAAACCUAAUGAGUGGUAAGCAAUGUUGCCAAUUUAGGGCCUGCCGGAAUAAAUGGGUGAACAAAUUUUUGUAACCUAAACUCGACCUGCGUGUUUCUUCUUUACCCCAAUUCAUUCCUUAUAUGUAGACUCGAAUCUUCUCAGUAUUUUGGUUACUGGUUCAACAAAAGCCAGGAAAAACAGUAACUUCGUAGUAAUCAGAAUGUUACUCAACUGUAUAUUGUUUACUUUAUUGUAAAUACUGGUGAACAGUGGUCAAUAAAUAGUUUUAUAUUC